UGGCGGGGUGAGACACCAAGAAACGAGAAUCGAUUCUCUCUAUUCUGUCGUGCAACAGUCAAAUAUCGUCCGCGCAACUGGUGCCCGUCAUGACACUGGCGCAUCGUUUCUCAGCCCCACUUCUGGCUCUGGCUCGUCUGCUUCUUGCGCAGCACUCUCACACUUCUGACCGCGAAUUCAACUUGAAGCUAACUAAUUUAUUGUUACUAUGUAUAUUACCAGGCAUCCCCGGAGCCGGAAAAACCAUUCUUACAUCUAUCUUGGUAGAAGAGCUUACCUCUCGGUUCCACGACAAUGAGAAUAUUGGGAUUGCGUACCUGUACUGCAAUUUCCGGCGCCGAGAGGAGCAGAAUAAGAACAACUUACUGGCGAGCUUAUUAAAACAGCUUGCUAGACAUCAACCUAUUUUGCCAGAAGUUGUAAAAGAUCUCUAUAAUCGACAUGAUGCUCAACGUACAAGGCCAUCGUUUGAUGAAAUUUCUCGAUCUCUCCAGUCAACAAUUGCAAUGUAUUCUAGGGUAUUUAUUGUCAUCGAUGCACUUGACGAGUGCAACGUAUCUGAUGGUUCACGGACGACCUUCUUAUCAGAGUUGUUCAGCCUCCAGACCAAGUGCACGGUGAAUCUUUUUGCAACUUCAAGAUUCGGAACAGAAUUCAGCGCGAUCUUUUCGAACAGCCUAUCUUUAGAGAUAAGAGCGAGUGAGCAUGAUGUACGAAGGUUUUUGGAUGGCCACAUACUAGCUCUUCCCGGUUUUGUUAGACGUAGUCUAGAUUUACAAGAGGAGGUCAAAGGAGAAAUUGUCAAGGCAGUCGAUGGCAUGUAUGUGAUUGUUAAUUGUUUUACUACACAGAUACUAAGUUCGCCUAGGUUUUUGCUUGCAAAGCUUCAUUUGGAUUCCUUAUCUGGAAAGAAAUCACUAAAGGCUCUUCGAACUGCGCUAAAGAAUUUACCGUCCGGAUCUGACGCCUAUGACUCUGCAUAUAAAGACGCCAUGGUUCGAAUCGAGGGACAGAUAGCCGACGAGGAAGAGCUUGCCAAGCAGGUUUUGUCUUGGAUUACAUGCGCGAAAAGACCAUUGACUACAACGGAACUUCAGCAUGCGCUUGCUAUUGAAACAGGGGAGUCUAAGCUUGACCAAGACAACCUUCCAGAUAUCGAAGAUCUAGUUACAGUAUGUGCUGGGCUAGUAACAGUUGAUGAGCAAAGUAAUAUUAUCCGUUUAGUUCAUUACACGACACAAGAAUACUUCCGGCGAUCACAAGGCCAGUGGUUCCCAGGUGCUGAGGCGAAUAUCACGGAAAGCUGUAUCGCUUAUCUUUCUUUUGAGAUGUUUCUACAAGGGUCCUGCCAAACAGACGAAGAAUUUGAAGAGCGAGUGCAGUCUAAUCAAUUAUUUGCAUAUGCUGCACAAAACUGGGGUCACCAUGGCUGUAUGGCUGUGACUUCAGACCACGAUUUAGGUGUAACAGUUGCAGACUUUCUAAAGAAAGAAGCCAAUGUUAGCGCGUCAAGUCAGGGGCUGUUCGCUGUUAAGAGAUGGUCGGGAGAUUCAAGAUAUAGCCAGAGGACUCCAAAGAACAUAACAGGAGUGCACUUGGCGGCAUACUUUGGCAUCAAAUCUGUAGUCCAACUGCUACUUGAUAAUGCUUUCGAGGCUGACUCACAAGAUACAGACGGUCAGACGCCGCUAUCAUGGGCUGCUGAGAAUGGACAUGAGACUGUUGUCAAGCUGUUGUUAAAGACUGACAAGGUCGAGGCCGACUCAAAAGACAACAAUGGUCAGACGCCGCUAUCAUGGGCUGCUAGUCGUGGGCAUGAGGCUGUUGUCAAGCUGUUGCUUCAGACUGGCGAGGUCGAGGCCGACUCAAAAGACAACAAUGGUCAGACGCCGCUAUCAUGGGCUGCUGAGAAGGGGCAUGAGGCUGUUGUAAAGCUCUUGCUUCAGACUGACAAGGUCGAGGCCGACCCAAAAGACAAUAAGGUCGGACACCGCUGUCAUGGGCUACUAGUCGUGGGCAUGAGGCUGUUGUUAAGCUGCUGCUACCGACUGUCACGGUCGAGGCCUACUCAAAAGACAACAAUGGUCGGACGCCACUAUCAUGAGCUGCUGAGAAUGGGCAUGAGGCUAUUGUUAAGCUCUUGCUUCAGACUGACAAGGUCGAGGCCGACUCAAAGGAUAAUAAUGGUCGAACGUCACUAUCAUGGGCUGCUGAGAAUGGGCAUGAGGCUGUUGUCAAGCUGUUGCUUCAGACUGGCGAGGUCGAGGUCGACUCAAAAGACAACAAAUAUGGGCAGACGCCGCUGUCAUGGGCUGCUGAGAAUGGGCAUGAGGCUGUUGUCAAGCUGUUGCUUCAGACUGACAAGGUCGAGGCCGACUCAAAAGACAAUAAUGGUCGAACGUCACUAUCAUUUGCUGCUGAGAAUGGGCAUGAGACCGUUGUCAAGCUGUUGUUAGAGACUGACAAGGUCGAGGCCGACUCCAAAGACAACAAUAGUCAGACGCCGCUAUCAUUUGCUGCUGAGAAUGGGCAUGAGGCCGUUGUCAAGCUCUUGCUUCUGAAUAAUUCAGAUUGUGCUAUAGAGAGUGAUGAUGGUUGGGCUGUUAUGGAAUUAGCGGCCUUUAAUACACAUAAUAGUGUAGAGCAGCUUUUAGUAACCUGUGGGAUACCUGAGCCAGAAGAUCUAUAUGGGCUGCAAUCUAUGUUUUUAGGAAACUAG